AUGGCUAGCCAGAUAUAUACCCCACUCAGCGUCCGCUUUACCUCUGGCGUUCAGGCGGCUCGAGCAGCGCUCGAAGAAGCACGCCACUCCAACCCUGUUCUCAUCUCUCUUGCUCGACGUCUGAACCGCGACCCCACAAUUCUCCUCCUCGGCUUCCUCGCCAUCCUCACCUCCAUCCUUCUGCUCGACCCCGAAGGUAUCGCUCCGGGCAUCUCCAACGUCCUCGCCUUCCUACCAGCCAUAGCUACCCUCCGCCACGUCGAUAGCUCUGUCAGCCUCGCCAAGGCGGAACAGGGCAAGUUCCUCCUCGACUACUGGGUGUGUAUCGGCACUAGCUUCGUCCUGGAGCAGGUGUUUAGCAAUGAGGUCGUAGGCGGGCUCAUACCCGUGUGGUGCAUGGCCGGGAGGGCUGGUGCCCCCAAAGGCCUCACGCUCAAUGCCAACAAAGCCCGGUCGAACGGUGAGACCCUUCCCGAGCCUGAACCCUCCCCAUCUCCCAUCGCCGACUCCCUCUCCGCCCUUCUGCACGGCGCCGGCCCCUACUCCGGCGGCGAGACCACCGAGAGCCCCGUGGACACCGCCGCUUUCCUCCGGGAUAACGCUGGCCCCUUCACCGUCGUCGAGCCGGCCGCCCGUCCCCCCAAGUCCAACAAUCAAGGCGCGCUGAACCUGGGCAAACUCGACGAGCUCCGCCAAGAUCCUUCGUCGGGCGCCCAUCCGCCCCGGUCACCCGGGGACCAGCUCGACGCCUUCCUCGACUCUACCGCUACCGACCACCACACCGCUCACACCCGCCCCGACCACCAUGCCGCGCGCAACAACGGUCCGGAAUCGGACGAGGACUGGUCGGAGCGCCGCGACCCAAUUGACGGCGAGGCGUACCCGGACGAUGCACUUAGUCCCGCCUUCAUCCUUGACGGGAGCCUCGCGGAGCAGGAGCACGUCCCGCUCGUCCGCCUUCCGCAUCAUGCGGAUGCGCUGGAUGGUGGGCCGCAGGCCAAAGACAAAGGUGGCGAGGCGGCAAAGGGGCGGGAGAGGCGGAUGACGCUAGACGACCUGAUUGCGCUCGAGGAUAGCGGUCAUUAG